AGCCCUGUGAAUGAUGAUUUUUAAACACAUGGAGAUGGCUGAGAAAGGGCUGGUGAGCCCCUUGGUAAAACUAAGCACUUUUAGAUACCUCCCUGGGCACAAGGGUGCAGUGCUCAACAACAAAACAAGAUUUUUUUUCUUAUUUUUUUGCUAUUGGUGCACCUCUAGUGAGAGUGAAAUUCUGGAUGGAGUGGCAUGCCAGGAGCACGGUCCCACAAAUACCCCACCCCGCUGCAGUCAGAAAAGCCACAUCCCCACGGGAACCUCUCUGCAGCUGCACACCCUGGGGCAUGCCUGCAGCCCUCAGAUUUCAUCCCAUAGGCAAGCAAAAAAACGUAUGGAUCAAAACUGCUCAGAGGAAGAGGAUUUUUGUCUGUAUUUGGGGGAGGGAUGUCAAAGCGGGCAGCAGCAGUAAGCUGUCGCAGGGUGUUGAGGCUGUUUUUGGGGAUGGGGUGACCACCUUCACCCCAACAGGAUGGGACAGAGCCACAGCAGUGAACUGCCGAGCUCUCCCACCGGGUGCAUCGCGGGGCCACCCCAGUGCAUGCAUCCCUUCCUCCCGCCCCUUCCAGCACCACCAGAAAUAGCCGGGAGCCCUGGCGCCGGGCUCAAAAUACCUCCAGCGGGCUGACAACAGGGAGCUGAGCAGAGGACGGCCUCAGCCAUCCACCUCCCGGGCUCUCUGCUCCCCGUGCCCCCCGGCCAAAGGGCAUCAGAGAGGGGAGGCAAGGGCAGCCACAGCCCUGGGCCGGAUCCUGACGCUGCUGCAAGCACCGCCCCAGGCACCGCCGCUGCCAGCACCGCCCUGUUUCCUCCCCAGCCCUGGGCCAGCUUCUGCAGCACCCGAUGGCGGCCCAGGCUCCGGUUUGGGGCAACUCCAGCAGCGCCUCAUGCCCCGUCAACGCCGCCUUCGCCCAUCGCUUCUUGCCCGGAGUCUACCUGGUGGUGACCCCCCUGGGGCUGGUGGGGAACGUGCUGGGGCUGUGGCACCUGUGGGCCGCCCCCCGCCGCCCCCUCAGCCUGCUGGUGGGCAACCUGGGCCUGGCCGACCUGCUGUACGUGGGCACGCUGCCCUUCCUCGUCAGCUACUACCUGCGGGGCAGGGCCUGGCCCUUCGGCAGGGCCUGGUGCCGGCUCACGCGGGGCCUCUUCCACCUCAACCUCUACGCCAGCAUCGGCUUCCUCACCUGCAUCAGCCUCCACCGCUACCUGGGCAUCGUGCACCCGCUGCGGGCACGGGGUAGGUGCCAGGAUGUCUUCUCCUCCGUGUGGCUCAGCGCCGCGGUUUGGGGGUGGGUGGUGGCGCAGGUGGCCCCCGACCUCGCCUUCAGCAAGAUGAACCCCACGGAGAUGCAGUGCCACGACACCACGGAGCGGGACAGCCUGGACAGUUACUUGGUGUACACCGCAGCCAUCACUGUCACUGGGUUCGUCGUGCCCUUCCUCAUCAUCAUCGGCUGCUACUGCCACGUGGUGGUGGUGCUCUGCAGGAAUGACACCAUGGACCCCAGCCUCAGGAGAAGAAGCAUCAGACUGGUGGUUCUCGUGAUGGUCCUCUUCUCUGUCUGCUUCCUCCCCUACCACAUCUUCAGGAACCUCAAUUUGCUGUCCCGGCGCUGGCAACAGCAAGGGUCCUGCACGCAGGCUUCAAGGGACAUCUACGUCUCCUACCAGGUGACAAGGGGCAUGGCCAGCUUCAACAGUGCCCUCAACCCCCUGCUCUACAUAAUGACCAGCAAGGACUGCACAUCACGUAUGAGGACCAUCUACCGAAGGGCCAAGCAGUCCCUGGGAUCCGUCUUCACAAGGGAAACCUCUCGCCAAGCAUUUGAGACGAGGACAAGCAACAUCUCCGGUGAGCAGGAGGCUUCUGAUGAGCUCUGAGGCACCCAGCACGACUCCUUCCCCAAAAGAUGUGCUGCAUCAGCUUGUGCUUGGCUCCUUCUUGGUAUCAGCCCCUUGUCCCCACCACGAUGUCUGCUUUGUGAAGAGAUGGUGACCUUGGCACCACCAGCUCCAUCCUGGUGCUAGGGACGGACGGGACCGUGGGCAUCAGACACCAAAGUGAGGUCAGGUUUUAGAGCAUAGCUACCAAACCCAACCGCUUUGCCUACAAUAUGCCAGGAGAUGGAACAAAAUAGAUGCUGCCUUUACCCCAUUCCUGAAAUAUUUCUCAGCCCUGCCUCCAAUGCAGCAGUCCGAGGGGGGUUAACAGCCCUUGGCUGCUCUUUGGGCUUCUCGAAGAUCAAGGGACAGGGACGAGCGAUGCUUGGCCCUGCAGCACCUUCAAGCUGCCAGACUUUUGGGGGGGACGUGGGCUGGAGAUGGGCUCCUUCCCUCACCCAAGGAGAGGGCAGUGUUAAUUGACUACCGGCAUUGCAGGGCUGCUGAGAGGGGAAGUGCUUUGGAAAAGGAAAUAUUCAUAAAAAUAACUCAGUUUAAAGAUAUGACUAAACCUUGCCAGUUGCUGGGCUAGUUGUUCUGGGUGAUUGAGCUGCUUCAGGAUCUGUUAUCCUCUGCUGCCCACCUUCUUCACAGACAAAAAAAAAAAAAAAAAGUAUUUCAGCAUUACUCACUCUCUUCUGGAAGACCAUAUAGCAGGCAACAACAAAUUGGCAUUUAAAAGUUUCCAAAGGUUUUGGUUUUUUCUUCCUUAUUGUUCUUUGCAAGGCAAAUGACGGCAGCAGCCUGAACCCGGGGCUCAGCAGGCAGCUCCCCGGUGAGCGCCGAGCCCCGCAGGUGGGCGGCUGCAGCUUGCUCUCCCAUCCAGCCCCACGAGGAUGUUUAAAAUUAGACGUGUCUGUUGCAAAUUAGAUGUGCAAAUGCCAGCUGAAGAGAGGCUCGAAGACUUCUGGAGGUAAGGGUGGCUGGGGAGGGCAGGAUGUGCACCAGUGCCUGUGGUGGCCGUGGGGAGGAACAGAGGCUCCUGAGCAGUUUUCCCUUCUGCUCUCUGUGUUCCCCACCAUGAACAGCUGAAAUAUUUCAGUCCUUGUGAAAAGAAGACUGCACGCCUUCAGUCCUGCAAGGUGUUUUGCAGCAGCAGCUUUUGCACCCCUGCUGAAGAAAGGAGGCUGUGAGUUAGAAGCGCCCCGUGCUGGGAAAGCACCGGCCCACGGGCGCUGCGUGUCGGAGCAAAUUCUUACCAGCCGGCAGCCGCUCACAGCCCCACCUCGCCGCUCCGCGCAGGAAGCCGUGGCUGGCUUUCAGGCAGAGUUGAUACGCCUAAUGUGCAAAUAAACACUUCGU